AUGAAAACCUCAGUAGUGGGGAUCGAACGCACAACCUCUAGCGCAGGAGGCAGGUACACUACCCACUACACCAUUCGGGUCGUCAUUAAAAUAAUGACGUCAUUAUAUCUUCUCUUGGUUUUUGUAUACGGAGCCUCAUCGGCGCCAGGAGAUGAACCAGUACGUGUUGAUUUGCCUGUAUACGACCAGCCUCAAUCAUCUCCAAAUGUUGUACUAGCUCAGCCAUUGGAGACGGAGAACCACCCUGAAGUAAAUCUUAAUAAGGAGAAAUCAAUCGUUGAUAACCUAUUAUCUAAGAAAUUUUCCAGCUAUCCUCCGGUCGGCUCGGUGAACUAUGGAGGUGGCUUGUUUUCGGCUCCAGUUACUAGUAUCGAAGGUGCUUUGCUGGAGACGGAGGGGAUAGGAAGCAAAACACUCUCAGUCAAGGAAAACGUACAGAAUGUUGUCGCUGGCUUGUUUCAGCCAAAACCAAUAGUAGACACCAUACAAGAGCAUGAAAAAUAUGGCAACAACGGAGACAAGUUCUAUAGUGCUGGCCGGGCUAUUGUUGGUGGCGCAGAAGGAGUUUCAAAUUUGGUUAAUUCCAUCCUAGAGGUACCGGGAACAAUUUUUAGAACAAUAACAAGAGCGGCUACAGAAAAAUUAAACAAUUUUGGGGGCAAACUGAUUGGCUUA